AUGGCAAUGAAGCUCUGGUUGCUUGCGCUGGCCUCGCUCCUAAAUGUGGCGCGUGCGAUCAAAGUCGACCUGAACUCCACCAAGGUGAGUCAGUCUACACGGUAUUCCUACUAUCGCCUCUACGUCGCGAAGAAUGGAGGUGCUGCAGCCUUCUGCGUCAAGAUGUACUUCUAUGACACAAAAGAUGCCGAGAUCACUACGCCCGUUGCGGGCGGCAGCGCCAAAAAUGAGUGGGGCGGUGGUUGGUCCAUCGCUCAUGGCUUCAACCGGGAGAGAAAUACCUACUGCUCUAAGUCGGGCCAUCCCACGGGAUGGUUGCAGUACCACUUUGGUGAGAAGAAGUCCUUGGGUGCAUAUGCCCUGUCACACUACUGGGGUGGCACUACCUGGAACGUGGUGGAUUUCACCUUUGAGGGGAGCAACGAUGGCAACACUUGGACGAUCUUGCACACGAAGAAAGGGCAACCUCUUGUGGAAGGGGAGAAGAAAAUGAAGUUCAGCUUGCCAACAGCCCCUGCGUGUACGGGAAAGGCCGUGCCUGAGUAUGAGUGCGACAAGAUUACAGAUCCUACAGAUUGCGCAAAUUCCUACGCCCGAACUCCGGAGAAGGGCUUCUUUGCACAAUGUGGCAUGAGUGGACCAUUAUGCCUCUCAAAGGGUCCUAGAUGUGAGGCAGUCGAACAAGCGGAUGCUCACAGUUACUAUCGCUUGAACGUGAAGAAGAACGGGGGCGCGACCGCUUUUUGCGUGAAGAUGUACUUCACGGACCUGACUGGCACGGAACUUGCCACGCCGGUUGAGGGCGGCAGCGCCAAGACAGACUGGGGCGGUGCAUGGGGUCUCGCCUAUGGCUUCAACAAGGAAAGAAACACCUACUGCUCCAAGUCAAAAAAUCCCACAGGAUGGCUGCAGUACAAGUUUGAUAAAGAUGUCUCAUUAAGUUCGUACUCCUUGUCGCACUACUGGGGUGAUACUACCUGGAACCUUGUCGACUGGACCUUCGAAACCAGCAGCGAUGGCAAAACAUGGAAGGUGCUGGACACACAGACGAAUCACCCUCUUGUGAAAGGCGAGAAGAAGAUGCAGUUCAGCCUGUCCGUGAAGCGGGCUGUCCUGAUGCUCUUCAGCGAAAUGAGCCGGAGCGGUGUGGCCGCGACGGAGAUCUCCGCUGCUGCGGUUUUAGCGCCCUUGGCGCAGGUCAGCGCCUGGGAGGCCGUCUUAGAACUCCACAAGACUAUCGAGCAGCUGGGGCUGCUGUCCAAUGCGGCCGUUUACCAAUUUGCGAUCGAGGCGUUGAGCCGGGGUGCCGGCAGA